UCGCCCCGACACUCGGACUGUCAAUCAGCAUUAAUGGGCUAUAAAAGCUCCCCGGCGGCACGGACGGCAAUAGGCGGCAGCGGCGGGGCUGGAGCGGGGCACGGCACGGCACGGCACGGCACGGCACGGCACGGCACAGCACGGCGCGGUUCCUGCUCUGUGACCGAGGGAAAAACCGGGACAGGGGGCACGGGGAGGCAGGGACCGGCUCAACCUCUGCAACCGGCUCAGGACAGAACGUCUGCAGAUAUUUAUAGAUACUGAAGCAAAAACAACAGCCUCACCCUGAAUAGAGCCUUUCUUAAAAAGAAGGUCCUAGCAAUUCUAUCUUAUUUAAGCAAUUUCCUGAGUCUAAGAAUAGAAAUGAGCUGCCUGGAAGGCACUGCAGGCUGAAAUUUGGAGACAUAGGCUGCUUUAUUUUAUUUUUCUAAAUAUAAAGACCUUUCGUUUGGAUACUGAUUUUUUAUGUGGGUCUUUGCAGCGGAGGGAUGUAUUACUUUUAAUUCUACUUUUUUUUUUUUUCCUUCUCUCUCUUAAUUAAAAAAAAAAAAAAAAAAGCUUUCCAGUUAAAAAGCAAGGAAGCUGUUUUACCUGCGUGUGACAAUCCCAGAGGACGCGGAUCAAGAACCAGGGGAGUGACUUGGUCUUCUGCGCUACUUUUCUCCUACCCCCAUUUUUUUUUUAUAAGGGGGAGGGAAGGAUUUUUCCAAUCCAAGAACCUCUUGCCCCCAAGUUUUGGAAGGGGGCUGAAGACUUGUCACCCAUCUGGGGGUGCAUGAAGGGCAUUGCUUUUCUUUCCCUGCCACCGUGGUUUUGUGGAGCUCUGGAAGAGAACUUUGCCCGGGAGAAGAGGAUGAUGUGGAAGUGGCUGGGCGCGCUGCUGCUGUUCCCGGUGCAGAUGGUGUACCUGGUGGUGAAGGCUGCCGUGUGCCUGCUGCUGCCGCCCAAACUGCGGGACCUGUCCCGGGACAACGUGCUGGUCACCGGCGGGGGCCGCGGCAUCGGCCGGCACCUGGCCCGGGAGUUCGCCAGGAGAGGAGCCAGGAAGAUCAUCCUGUGGGGUCGGACUGAGAAAUGCCUGAAGGAGACCACGGAGGAGAUCAGGAUGAUGGGGACAGAGUGCCACUACUUCAUCUGUGACGUGGGCAACCGCGAGGAAGUCUAUCGGCAAGCCAAGGCCGUGAGGGAGAAGGUGGGUGACAUCACCAUCCUGGUGAACAAUGCUGCUGUGGUUCAUGGGAAGAGCCUGAUGGACAGCGACGACGAUGCACUGCUCAAAUCCCAGCACAUCAACACCCUGGGACAGUUCUGGACCACCAAAGCAUUCCUGCCUAGGAUGCUGGAGCUCCAGAAUGGGCACAUUGUUUGCCUGAACUCUGUCCUGGCCUUGUCAGCCAUCCCUGGUGCCAUUGACUAUUGCACCUCCAAAGCCUCAUCCUUUGCCUUCAUGGAGAGCCUGACCCUGGGGCUGCUGGACUGUCCUGGAGUGAAUGCCACCACAGUCCUGCCCUUCCACACCAGCACAGAGAUGUUCCAGGGCAUGAGAAUCAGGUUCCCUAGUCUUUUUCCUCCCCUGAAGCCAGAGACAGUGGCGAGGAGGACGGUGGAAGCUGUUCAGAUGAAUCAAGCCUUCCUGCUCCUUCCAUGGACGAUGCACGUUCUUGUUAUCCUAAAAAGCAUUCUUCCCCAGGCAGCACUUGAAGAAAUCCACAAGUUUUCUGGGAGCUACACGUGCAUGAACACUUUUAAAGGACGAACAUAGGCUGGCACAAGGACUGCUCUGCAGUGAACCCAGCACAAGCAUGAAAAUCCUACAGGACUGUAAAUCAGCCAGUCUUGGCUUUCAGCCUGUUCAUGUGACUUGUGCUGCUCUGAGGCAACACAUUUCUUGCAGGUCAUAUCCAUAGUAACAUGACCUUUGCACAGGAUUGAGUGAGUGGACUAUGGACCCUUGGAAAGAAAAAAACAAAGUGUGAAAUGUUUCUAUGAUGUUUAAUUCUUUAGAGUUCAAUUGUUAAAUCUACUCAUAGUUUUAAGAUGUGAUUUUUGGUUCUUAAGUGUCUGUGGGCUGUGUCAGGGGAGAGGCAGCACAUCCCAUCCCAAGCACACUUUGUGCCCUCUCUGCAGAGGAACUGCCACUGCUUUCAGUUCAGCUUUUUGAAUGGGGAACUGCAGAAUUACUUUGAAGAACUACAAGAUAUGGACACUUAAUGGACGCUUCCUUCUCUUUCUUCACUUGCCAUCCCAUGAUGAAGCUGUUCCAGCACACACUGGGGAAGGAGCAAACCAUGAAGCAAUGUUUUCUUUGCUAAAGGCCACCCAGGACUUCUCUUUCUGGGCCCAAAAAAGCUGUUGUACUUCCCCUGGGGAGGCUGGACAGGAAGGCUCAGGCAGCAGGGCUGGGAGUUUAAGUAGUGGAAGAUUCUUUCUGUCACUGAACUCACAUGUGAAAUUGUCAUUCUGAUUUGGUUUUUUUUGUUCAUUUCUGUUAAAAUAUAAAUAUAUUUUUAGUGUUAAUCCCAGAUUGCCACAAAUGUAGGCAGCAGCACAUUAGGGAUGAACUAAAUCUAGAACUCAAACUAGAGCCUGCUUGUACAAACAUACGUUCACUGACAUAAUCCAUGCAGGGGAAAAUCCAUUGUAUCAACCUGCACAGUGAAGUGGAAUAAUGCUCUAAGAGACAGUGCUGUUGUGCUAUGAGAUGUGAAAUUCGGGAGCACAUUUAGCAGAGACCUGAUUAAAUGCAUUUUGAAUUCAUCUGGGAAUAAACCCAUUGUGAUUUAGGGACAUUGAAUCAGGCACUGAUCAGCCAAAAGUGAUAAAUAUGCUUGGACUGAGGUGCCAGAACAGCUAGACAUUAUUUAUUUUUGUAAUGAAAUAUUCUCUUUGACAGCCUAGGAAGGGCAGCGCUGCAUUCCUAUGCAAAAUGCAGUGAGCAGCACAUUGGAGCACUACUAACAGAGAAAUUAAUGUAAUUCCAAUACAGCAAGUCCUACUGGAGACACCUGAAUGAAGUGCCUCAAGGGUGGAUGUGUGAUUAAAGGAGUGAAUUUAGGACUCCUGACUCGAAUUUCGAGCUUUUCUGUAGAUGUCCUGUAUGGCUUGGGGCAAAAUGCAUCAUUUGAAGGAGCACCCUGACCUGCAAAGCAGAUAUUUCUAGUGUUUCCCUACCUCAAAAUUGCAAGUCUGACUACCUAAAUAUCUAUCAAAAGCUCAGCAAAUUCAAAUGCAACAUGUUAUAGAAAGGGAAAGCAGUGUAUGUUCAUAGACCAAGAGGUUCUAUACAAAAAUUUAGAUGAGGAAAAAACCCAUAUGCCCCAGUUUGUCAUCUCCUAAAAUACUUCUGAGGUACAGCAGAAAAGCUGUGAGCUCUGUUUAAAAUACUCCUUUGGUUCUGCCCUGUAGAAUGGAGACCUGCUGCUGAGAUGCAAAGGUGUGAAUGUUAAAAUCAGGUCUGACCUUGCUGCAGACCCGCUGGAUUUCUCCUUUCUGGGGCUCUCCAGGAGGGAGAUGCUGCCAGAAGUGCCACUCUUGGUGUCCCUCUGCCUGGGGCAGUGUUUGGAGGGGCUCUCCUGCCUGAGUCAGUGCAGAACUACAACCUGGAGCACUGUGACACCUCUGAACAUGUUUCUGUAAAUGCAGUUUUCCUUGGAAUUCCUGCAUGUCUGGAGAGGAUGCAAAGAAACUUCAAUCUCUGUGAUUUUGAGACCCGCCCUAAUAGAUGCUUCCAGCUUUAUUUUUUGUCAGUUUUUUUUUGUUUUUGAGAAGCCCAUCUCACUGAAAGGUCAAGUGCCAUGAGGGGAGAACUCUUCCAGGAUCUGCCUGGAAUCCUGAAGGUACCAGGUUUAUCAGGAGAGGUCUGAGAGAGGAACUUCCCCUGGUGCUCUCUGAUCCAUUCCAGUUUCUCAUUAAUCCCAGCUGGGUGUGCCAGGCUUGUAGCUGCAAGUGCAAUCAACUGUGGUGAAAGAGCAGUGUCCCCUUGAAAUUAAACCUUUGUGCUGAGA